AUGGGUCUACGGAAGCGCUUGGAGCUCCGCUCCGAGAGCGCCGACCUCGGCACGGAGGGAGGCCGGCUCUCGAACAAGGACAUGGAUCCUAUUCCGAUGGGCUCUCCGGAGCGCACCUGGGGUUGGCCGAGUUUGCUCGGAUUCUGGAUCGCCGAAGCCUUUUCCAUCUCGAUGUAUCAAGUCUCUUCAACCUCUGUCACAAAAGGCCUGAACCCGGGCCUUGCAAUCCUUGCAGUGUUCAUCGGCCACGUCCUGGUCUGCAUCCCGGCAAUGCUAGAUGGCUACGUCGGCUGCAUCUUUGGCAUCAACUUUCCCGUCUUCACCAGAGCUUCCUUUGGCCUCCGGGGUUCAUAUGGCGCCGUCUUCGUCCGUGGUGUCGUGGCUUGUAUCUGGUUCGGCACUCAGUCGUUUCAGGGUGGGCAGUGCCUGCAGGUCAUGAUCUCCGCCAUCUGGCCGUCAUUCAACAACUUCCCGAAUCACCUCGCCGAAAGCGCGCACGUCACCAGCUCCGAGCUGUUAUGCUUUUUCUUGUUCAUCAUCGUUCAGCUGCCACUGCUCUGGUUGCAUGUGAGCAGUCUAAGGUACAUGUUCAUGGUGAAGACUGUGAUUAUGCCAAUCUUUGGGUUGACGUUGUUCAUCUGGGCCAUUGUUGCUGGCAAGGGUUUCGGCCCGACAUUCUCAAAACCAACUCUCAUUAAGGAUGGCACGCCCGCUAUUGUCGUAUUCUUCCAAUGUGUCACCAGCGCUAUUGGCCCCAAGGCAACCCUCGCCCUCAACAUGCCCGACUUCACGCGGUAUGCAAAGGAGCCCCGACAGGUCUUCUGGACGCAAGCCGUCGGCCUAUGCGUUUUAGUCACGAUGUGUGGUGUGCUAGGUGCGACCGUCAGCAGCGCCUCGGAAGUCAUCUACGGCAAGGUGACCUGGAACCCCCUGGAAGUCGCACGGCUGUGGGACAACCGCGCUGCUCAGUUCUUCGCGGGUCUCUGUUGGGCGUUUGCGGUGAUUGGCACAAACAUCAGUGCCAACAGCGUCUCUUUCAGCAAUGAUUUGGCGCUAUGGUUUCCAAAGUAUAUCAACAAUAGGCGCGGAGCAUAUAUCUGUGCCGUGUUUGGCGUAUGUGCCGUGCCCUGGUACAUCCAGUACAGUGCUAAAUCCUUCUCCUCUUUCCUUGGUGGAUACUCUCUCUUUCUGGGCGCCAUUGCAGGCAUCAUCAUCACCGACUUUUGGAUCUGCCGCAAGCGUGCAAUGGCAGUCUCGUCCCUCUUUGAUCCGCGAGGCAUACACUACUACACUUUUGGCGUCAACCCCCGAGCGGUUAUCGCCUUCAUCUUUGCCAUCAUUCCCAACAUGCCCGGUCUUGCCGCUGCUUGUGGCGCCAAGGGAGUUCCCAAGGGGGCCAUUUAUCUCUACAGCUUGAGUUGGGUUGUCAGUACCUUGGUGGCUAGUUUCACGUAUUGGGUGUGUUGGAAAAUUAAGCCAUUCCCCGUGGACGAUAGCCGGGAGCUGUUGUAUGUUGACGGAUACCCCACGGUGGAGGAUUCGAACGGGUCAGAGAAAGGCUUGGAAGGGAAAGACCAAGACGUGAAGACGGGAUGA